AUGACGAAGGAGUUCGGGAACAAAGGAGAAAAAACGAACAUACAUACUCCCAAAAAAAGUUUCACGGACAGCAUAUCUCAAUUAAUGACAGUGCAUGCAUCAUUAUGUGACACGGUGAUGCUCAUAAACGCUGCUUACGGUGUUAUUACGCUUGUGAUUACAAUCACCUGCCUGAUACAUUUAAUCAUUACUCCGUACUUCUCAAUCAUGGAGGCCGAUGGAAAAGGUGAUGGAAAACCACUAUUCCUCGUAGUACAAGGAUUAUGGUGCAUCUUUCAUAUCUGGAGAUUAUUCAUGAUCGUGCAACCUACAUAUGCUGCUACAAUAGAGGUCGAUCUAAAAUUUAAAUAUAUAAAUCAAUUAACAGUAAUUUAUACAGCACAAACUCACAAAAGACAUUGUAAAAACAAUCAAAGGUUGUCUUAAGAAUAUUUGACCAAUCCUACUUUAUAGUGAUUGUUGCAAAAAGUUACUGU